AAAAUCCAACCGGUUCCCCAUUUCCCGACCGCCGCAACAUUCCCCAUUUCUAGGGUUCUCCUCCGCCGUCCAGCAGCUGGCCGCCGGCGCGCUCCCAGGUCGCCGCCAGCGCGCCGCCGCAAGACCGGCGUCGGCCGCCUCCACCCCUUCAUCCACCUCCGUCGCGCCGGCUUCCUCUCCUCCGCUCCCCGGCCGCGCCCAUCUACCUCGACCACAGUGACCGGCCGGCCGCCGCAGGAGCUCGACCAAGACGACGGGCCGCCGCAGGAGCUCUACCCCGGCACCGCCUGCGCCGUCUCUCCUCUUUCGCUCAGCCUCCCUGUGCCCGCCGGCUCGACCACGGCGAACCACUCCGUACCAAUUCGACUGUGAGCUGCCCUGCCCAAUGCGUUGAUUGAUUUCUACUGAAGCGGAUGGCCAAUACCCGGUCAGUAGGGGCGAACAAUGAGGGAGCAGGGGACACCAAAGCCGGCGCCGCCACCAAUGCGGAAGACCCCAAGUCUGCAACGACCCCCAACUCGUCUGCCAGUGGAAGGGAGUCCAGAAGCUUGUCCACGCGUGAAACAAGCUAUGAGCAGAGGCCAAACCUCAGGAGGUUGAGCCGAGAAACAACAGGAAAGGAUCCCAUUGUGAUGACCACCACCAGUUCUGCCGCUACACCGGUUCCGCAGACAUCUAUGAGGGGCAGGAGCAACCCCAGCACACCUGAUUCCCCGAAAUCAUCGGCAAAGAAGCUAAAGGGGUCGACCAGGAAGGCCAGUACCCCAAAAAUGUCCGGCGGAGUAAAGAAAAGUACCAUUUCAGCUUCUGCUGCUUCAAAUGAUUCAACUGGAGUUCCUCCCAGUCCAGUGGCUGCUCUUGGCAAAACCGUAAAAGGAAAAAUUGACGAACGUAACUCAACCAAGAAUACGCAUGAUGCUUCCGAGAGUUGUACCAGGCCAUUGAAGCAGCAGAAAAGGCCAACCGUGGAAGACAAUCGCUCUGUUUUGAGGUAUGAAGAAAGUGGCGCACAUGAAGAAGAUAACCAGGCACAUUUAAGUCAGGUCGUCAAUGAAUUUUCUGAAGGCUAUACUUCUGGUCGGUGUGAAGCUCCCGAGGUGAUACUGGAGACAGUUCUGUCGAAAACUGAUGUUGAAAAAUCUGCUCCCAUUUCAGAGGCACAUAUGACUGCUGAUCAGCGCUCACAAAAUAUUGUGGCUGAAAGCAGUCCUGCAAUGGAUGCUAGAGAGCCAACUGAUAACUGUUCAGAACUCACACUUCAUGUUGAAAUGGCCCGGAAAGCGGACUCAUCAAAAUUUGUGGAGUAUUGGGUUCCUGCUCGCCUUUCACGAGUGCAACUAGAAAUGUACUGUUAUACCCUACUUUCAAAUUCACCAGCGCUUCAAUCACAUCCAAAAGCUGACAGUGUUGGUGCUCUUCGCAACAUUCUUGUAUCCCUCCGGAAGUGCUGCGACCACCCUUAUCUAGUAGAUGAAAUGCUGCAAGCCUCACUUCCCAAGGGCCACCCAGUAAGUGAUAUCGUAGAUAUUGGAGUGUGUGCAAGUGGCAAGCUACUGCUUCUUGACAAAAUGCUCCGAGAAAUCAAGGAAAAAAGGAAGAGAGUUCUUAUCCUCUCCCAGUUUUAUGACGGGGCUGGCUAUCAAAUGGGUGACAUUUUGGAUGAUUUUGUCCGUCAAAACUUUGGUUUUGAGUCAUUUGAACGGGUGAAGCAUGGUUUCAGUUUACCAAAGAAAGAGGCUGCAAUGAGUAUGUUCAAUGACACGACUAAGGGCCGGUUUAUUUUUUUGAUUGAUAGUCGUGCAUGUGUCCCAAGCAUUAAACUAUCAUCAGUUGAUGUCAUCAUCAUAUAUUGUAGUGAUUGGAAUCCCACAAAUGACUUGAGAGUCCUCCGGAAGAUCAGCAUAGAGUCACAAUCUGAAUGUGUGCCCAUUUUUCGUUUGUAUUCAUCUUGUACAGUGGAGGAAAAGACUCUUAUACUUGCAAAGCAUGAUCGUACAUUUGAUGGCAGUGUCCAGAAUAUAACGCCUAUCCUGAGCCAUUCUCUGCUUAGUUGGGGUGCAUCAUUUCUCUUCAGUAGACUGGAAGGGCUAGAAAACGAUGCAUAUUUAAGCAAGGAUUCUGAUGCUGAAAAACUGUUCAUGGAUAAAGUACUUUUGGAGUACCUAUCAAAGUUAUCCACUGAAGAUGAUCCCAGCACCAAGAUGAGCAAUGCAGCCAUAUCACAAGCUCAUCUGAGUGGACCUUUUUAUUCUAGAGAUACUGUUUUAGUAGGUGAGACGGAGGGGAUCUCUGCACCUGAUAGUGAUCUCCCAAAGUUCUGGGUAAAUUUGCUAGGUCGGAAGUCUCCUCGUUGGCAGUAUAUAACUGGGCCGGCACAAAGAAGCUGUAGAAAGAGACAAAGCAUGGAAGAAGGGAACAUUCCUGCUGAUGAUGCUGAAGCCAGUACCAAACAUAGAAAAAUUGCUGGAAUCUUGGAUUCAUCUGCAAAUGUUUUAGCUGGCAAAGACAAUGACUCAAUAUUGCCUGAAAUUAAUACGGCAUCUAGUUCUCAUCAAAUAUCAGUUGACGACACAUGGCAGGAACAAGGGGUGGAAAAUCUUCAGGACACACAAAAUAGUCUGCACAUCCAAUUGAAGCGAGAGUUCUCAAAGCUAUAUGAAUUGUUUGAACUACCGGGGAGUGUUAAAUGUGUAUGUGAGGAACUUCUUGAGUAUGCUUUGAAGAAUUACCAAGUCAGUCAGGAGCCAAAGCAUCCAUUCAACAUUGCACUGUGCUGGCAUGCUGCGUCUCUCUCAAGGCACAAGGUUAAUCAUAAAGAAUCACUGGCCCUUGCUGAAAAACACUUGAACUAUGAGUGCAGUGUAACUUUCACUGAGUUGGUUUAUAAGAAGCUAAGGAACCUAAAGAAGAAGUUUGCACGUAGAGGAGGCGGAACAGGCAAGAACAAUCAAUCAAUUUCAGUAAAGGACAUAUCACCAUACCGGCAGGAGACCUCAACUAAAUAUGGAAAUGACAAGCCAAUCCCUAAGCAGACAGCAUCUGUUGGUGGGAACGAAUCACAUCAAGAGGAUUCACAUGAUUUAGUGAUUGAGGCUAUCGUAUCAGGAGAGAAGGAACUGCUAUCUGUUCCAGAGAUUCAUGAAAAACAAGAUUUAUCAAAGGACGCACUUCUUAGUAGAAUCACAGAGACAAGAAUUAAUUUAGUUGACAUGGUUUUUUCCUUGAGAGAAAAGAAUAUCCAUGAUAAACAAGCAAACGAGGUGGCAAUGUUUGACAUGCACAGGCACAAGGGAGUGGUGAAACUGAGAGAAGCAUGCAGAAUAGUUGUGGAACAUCUUCGUAGGUCUCAAGCUGAUCCAGAGAACAGAGGUGGUCAAACAAAGCUACUAGUUGAAUGCCUCACUAUGCUAACAAACCUAAUAGUUGAAUGGUUCACUAUGCUACUAUAUGCGUUUCUGAAGCACAUGAGGUACCAGCGUGAGAAGCUUGACUUACAGCAAUCAAAGGUGUGGACUAAGGAGUUGCAGUUGAAGGAAAAGUUCCUUCACGAAGCAAAUUAUGGCCAUUUAGAUCAUACUUUUGAUCAGCAUAUCUAUUUACCAGAUUCAGACUUUGCUAUUGAGGAAUUCAGCCACUUUAACACCUGUGUUGAUACAGCUACUUUGGCAAACUGUCCGCAGUCUUUGCAUGAAACCUCAGCGAUGGAAGUUACAUUGGUUUGUAGUGUGAUUCCAUCUGAUGUUAUCAAUGCAGAAGCAGCGAGAAAUGGUUCUGUUGAAGGAAGGCUAGCAUCAGAAGAAGGUAUUGGUUUGAGAGAGAACAUGAUCAGCAAUAGUUCUGAUAUCAUCAACUCGCGAGGAGGGGCAUCUCUGGCUGUUCAACACCAAUUAAUUUCUAGUCCUGCAAUUGAUAAUUCUAUUAAUCAGGAGUCUUCAAGUGGUGACCAUAGAAGAACUGAGCAUGUUGAGCGACAGAGUGGUGUGGGUUCGCAACCAUUACCGGGAGAGACUGACCUUGCAGAAAUGGAAGUUAACAUCGACAAUGGAGGCGGUACUCAUGCAGAUCCACCUUACUUGGAACCACAGACCGUGGCUCUGGUGCCCAGCCAGGCUUCCUUGCAAAUGUCUAAGGAAGUUGAAGCUGAGGCCAAUCUUGUAAUGCAGUCAGCCCAACCAAUUGUAGCACCAGUACAACUUCUGCAAAGAGAGGCAGAACAAGUAGACCGUUCUGGUAUAACACCAGCUCAGACUUUGCAACCUGAAACGCAACCAUCAGCAUCCAGGGAAGUUUAUACCCAGACAGAUCUGAUAAUUCAGUCUGCACAACCAAGUACGCCAACUGAGCUUUCACAAAGAGAUGUAGAACAAGCAAGCCUUUCUCGUGUACCAUCAUCUCAGUGUUUGCCAUCUGCAAUGCAUCCAUCGGUUCCACCGUCCAGUAUUCUGCUUGAAAGAACUCACCCUGAUCAGUGUCAACCAUCAAGUCAUCAACCCGACGCUGCACCGGGUUCUUCAGCACAACUCUUUCCGUUGGCACCAAGCAUGUUUAAUCAUCCACCAGUUGGUGAUGAUCCACUGAAAAAUGAGUUGCACAGAUUCCGGUUAUGCAUUGACUCGCUUAAUAAAACCAACGAGCUAAAGCAAUCACAACUUAGGACCGAGUAUAGCCAAGAAAGGGAGAAGCUCAAACAAAAGUAUGAUUUUUUACUUCAAGAACAAGAUUCCUCUCAUCUUCAGCAAAUGAAGACACUAAAUAAUUUAUGUGAGAAAGUUCUCCUCAACCAGUCACUAGCUGACAAUCUUCAGAAGGAAUUCAUAUCUUCUGGAGAACAAGUUAGAGCCCACAGCCCUCCAAAUCACCAGACACCCCAGACUUCUCAGCAAGUUCCCACGAGGCCUUCAGCGGUGGCGUCGACUGCAUCACCAACUGCGUCGUCGUCAGCUGGUCGACCACCAGUGCUGAUACAUCAUGUCCACCCGUUACAGGUUGAUCAACCAUCACCAUCAUCAUCGCCAUCUUCACAAGUGGUCAGACCACAUCCGUCCAUACUAAACAACAUUGCCAGAUCAACAUCAACUAGUUUUAGUCUCGCGCCAGUUCUGCCAUCGGGAAGCUUUGGAGUACAGAGUGAACUAGCACGUGCACCUGCUCCUCAUCUUCAGCGCAUUUUGCCUCCACAGGUGCAUUCGAUGGCAUCUGCAAAUCAGCAGCAGCUUCCAACUAGGCUGGAGAGCAUGUCUGCAAGGACAUGGUCUACCCCUGUGACUCCAAUAAAUAUAAGACAAUCAUGCCCACAGGCCGCUCCCCCAGGGAACCCAUCACUGUCAAGCUUGCACCUAAGUUCACACCCCACUAUACCCGCACCCUUUGGGCCAUCAAGUUCACAUCAAAUUCGGCAGGUUCCACCACUGGCAUCAAGUUCGCAGCUAGCACACCUGCUGUCGCCAGUACCUUCGAUUCCAAAUCCAGUUCUUCCACUAACAUCACCGCGAGGUUUGACUAUGACGUCUAGCGUUUGCUCAGCUGCGUCGAAUGUGUUGCCAAGUAGUGGCGUUGGGCCUUCCGCACCAGGCUCGCCGCAGUCAGAUUCUGAUUCAGCAUCACUGGAUGAAUGGCUAACAGAAGGUCUUGGGCUGCCCAGUGAUCCCCAUGGCGUGGCGGCUCCUGAUGUGAUAUGCAUAUCUUCUGAUGAAGAGACAGAUGACCAAACCAAGCAAAAAACGGCGCUCAUUGCUGAAGAGCUCCAACAGAAGGUUGCUUGCAAGGUUUUGGUCAAAGGUGGUGCUUGCAAACAAGAACAAUUGAUGCCCAGAUCGAUUUUAUAAUCGCUGAUUUGUGAUGCAACCCCUUGUUUCUGCUACAAAACCUCGAGUAACGGCAUGUAACUGGGAUUAACCGGAUGUAAUGCUUGUUUCACAAAUUUGUGAUGCGACUUCUAAUUCUACGUAUAUGACAUGGAUGGAUUGACAAGAA